AUGGGCAACGCGCACCGCAAGCGGAGCCCGGCGGGCGGCAGGGCCGGCUCCUCCUGGCCCUUCGGCCGCGCCAGGAAGCCGGGGGCAGGCGCUGCCAAGGGCGAGGCAGAGAAGCGGCUGAGCGUGCAGUACACGGCGGGCGAGGAAUGCCCCGACAACGUCUUCUUCCCCAGCACACGGCCCCCGCACCUGGAGGAGCUGCACAACCAGGCUCAGCAGGGACUGAAAUCCCUGCAGCACCAGGAGAAGCAGAAGCAGACCAAAAGUGCCUGGGACCACGGGGACACCAGCAGCCUCCAGUCCUGCACAUCCUUGGAGGAUGACAGCGUGUCCUUCCGGAGCCGGGCAGCCUCCUGUGCCACGGAUAGCACCUCUGAGGACGCCCUCUCCAUCCGCUCUGAGAUGAUCCAGCGGAAAGGUUCCACCUUCCGACCGCAUGAUUCCUUUUCCAAAUCCUCAGAGAGGGCUGGCAAAAAGAGGAAGGAGAGGAGGACAACGGUGCUGGGCAUCCCCCAGCAUGUCCAGAAGGAGCUGGGCCUCAGGAACAGCCGGGAAGCCAAGGGACACCCUGAAGCUGAUGGGCGAGGGCAGGCGGGGCGCGGGGGCAGCCAGGCACCCCAGCCCUUGCUGAACGGCAGGCAGGUCUCCGGCAACGCCGUCCGCAUCCCCACCAUCGACGGGAAGCUGCAGCCUCUGGCUGUGCCCGGGGGUGCCCGUGUCUGCCUGGGAGCCCUGGAGCAGGAAGACGUGGCCUUGCAGAAGCACAUCGACCGGGUUUACUACGACGACACAUUGCUGGGGAGGAAGACAGCGGCCAAGCUGUCACCGAUGGUGAGGCCGAAGUCACUGGCUGUGCCGGGCAUGACCACCAACGCCAGCCCUCCGGAGCUGCUGAGCCCGGUCAUGUCCAUCUCGCCCCAGGGCACCUACAUGUCCAAGAUCAUCCCCAACGCCAUCCUGCCCCCCAUGGUGGACGUGGUGGCCCUGACGCGGAGCAGCGUGCGGACGCUGAGCCGCUGCAGCCUGGUGUCCUCCAGCCCGGCCUCGGUGCGCUCCCUCGCCCGCUUCUCGGAGUGCAGCGCCCGCAGCCGCGAGCCCUCCUCCUCCAGCGACAACUGGAGCCACUCACAGUCCACAGAGACCAUUGUCUCCAACAGCUCCACCAUCUCCUCCCAGGGCGGCUCCGACCGCCGGCAGCCCGAGGCAGGGCCGCGCAGUCAGGCCGAUGCUGCCCCUCGCUCUGACACCGACCAAGUCAGCAUCUACAGCUCUGCCAGCUUCACCAGCUCCUGCUCCAAGCCCACCACCAGCCCUGUGCCUGCAGCCCCCGGGCUCCGGGCCGUGGGGGGCAGCAGCGGCCGGGCAUCCCCCGCCUACAGCACGAGCAGCCAGGCCGAGGGCUCGGACACAGGCAGCCUGGCCAGCGAGCGCUCCUCUGCCCGCAGCGUCUCCCUCAGGAAGAUGAAGAAGCCCCCGGCGCCCCCUCGCAGGACCUACUCGCUGCACCAGAAAGCUGAGGGGGAGCCCAAGGUGCUGGGGUUGCCCCCCAAACCCGACCGGAGGACCCAGCGGGAGAGCAGCACGCCCUGGUCCCCGCGCCCCGAGCCCUUCAGCCCCACGGCUGAGGAUGAGGUCUUCUCCCCGUCGUCGCUGAGUGAAACCAGCAGCCUCCGCUCUGAGAGCCUGGUGGGCACCAGCUCCCCCGAGGCCUCGCGGGGCAGCCCUGGGGUGACCGUGGUGCUGAGGGAGCCCCAGGCUCAGACCAAGUGGAGCUGCCCAGAUGGGUCUGACCGCACCAUGUCCCCCUCCAGUGGCUACUCCAGCCAGAGUGGGACUCCCACGCUACCCACCAAGGGGCUGGGACCCCCAUCUGUGUCGCCGGGCAAGGCUCAGCCCCAGAAGCUGGACCGCGUCUGCUCCCUGCAGUCACCUGCCCUCUCUGUGUCCUCCUCCCUCACCUCCAUCUCCUCCUCGGCCUCAGACCCGGCUCCCCCUGAGACGCUGCCCAGCCGCUUGGACCGGUUCAUCAUCCCGCCGCACCCCAAGGUGCCCGCUCCCUUCUCCCCACCACCCACUAAACCCCAGCAGCCCGUGGCCCCCGCCGGCCCCCUCCUGCCCUCACCAGACCCUCCAGUGCCCAGCACUGCCGGCCAGGAGCCCCCAGCCAAGCCCAGCGGCAAGUCUCCACCACCAUCACCACCACCUGCCUACCAGCCGCCUCCCCCGCCGGUGAAGAAGGCAGAGGGGAGCCCCCAGGCCACCAACAAGGCCCCUGCUGACACUGCCUGGCCCCCGCCACCCCCGCCAGCUCCAGAGGAGCACGACCUGUCCAUGGCAGACUUCCCCCCUCCAGAUGAAGCUUAUUUCUCCAGCCUGCCCCCCGACGCCACACCGGCUCCGUUGCCUGGGCAGAAAGCAGCGCCGGAGGCUGCGUCUUCCUCCUCCUCAGCUGCCACCUCCUCGUGCAGCCAGCAGCCAGACCCUCCGGCUGGGGCACCACGGCCGCCUUCCCCCGCCGAGCCUCCUCCCAAGGCUGCUGUGCCCCCGCCGCCGCCUCUUCCCCCACCCUCGGCUCCGGCUCUGCCUCCCCAAAUCAGCCUUAAGAAGGCGGCCAACGGCCCGCGGGCAGACGCCAAGAAGGAGCCGGUGUCGCGGAGCAAGAGCGGCCCGGUGGCCAAGGAGGACGCCAGCCUGCCCAUCGUCACGCCCUCGCUGCUGCAGAUGGUGCGGCUGCGCUCCGUCAGCGUGGAGCCGCCCGCCGGGGCCGAGGAGAGGCCCACGCCCCAGAAGCCCGUCCGCCGGGCCACGUCCACGCGGCAGCCCCCUCCUGCCAAAGACACGGUGCCUUCCAACCAGCUCCUCCACGCCGUGCACCUCAAGGCAGCCGCCUUGUCCUCCAGCGAGGCCACGGAGAAGCCUCCGGGCAGCAGAGCGGCUCUGCCCGGCCCUGAGGGACCCCCUGGGGACGGCCAGCUCUCCCCCAGGCAGAAGUCACCGGCCUCCACUGCCAGCUUCAUCUUCUCCAAGAGCUCCAAGAAGCUGGUGAUCGAGACGCCCUCAUCCCCCGAGGCACAGGCUGACCUGAAGAGGAACUUGGUGGCCGAGCUGAUGAAUAUCUCGGGGCAGCGCUCGGCAGCCCCGCCUGCUGCCCAGCAGGGCCCUGGCAAGGCACAAGCCCACCGAAAACCCGGCAGGGUCCCCCCGCCAGUAGCCAAGAAGCCUUCGCUUGGCCCAGGACCAGCUCCUUCCCCCCUGAGCCCAAAGACGCCGGGACCAGAGGCGCUGAGCUGCCCCGUGCCGGAUGGGAAGGCCAAGGCGGUGCCGGCGGACGAGAGCAGGACUAGGAGCGAGCCGGCGGGAACGGUGGCCUCGGGGACACAGGGCGGGAGCGCCGCGGAGCCGCCGGCUCAGAGCCUCCCGGCACAAGACGGACGGGGAGAGACGGCCUGACGGACGCAGCUGCAGGACGGUGCCCCCGCCGAUGGGAACCCAAAUCUCUCAGGGACCUGGGCAGGUCAACGGAUGAGUGUGGAACUGGCAACUAACUUAAUACAGGAAGCAAACAGCCUUAGCCUCCACGGCCUUGAUGAUAUAUUUAUGCAAAAAUGGUGUUGGUUUCACUUUCCUAAGUACUACAGCUUUAUUUUUUUCCUUUUUUUUUUUUUUUUUCUUUUUUUUUUUAACCUGGACUCUAGGCCCAGACCUGGCACCUUCUUCCUGCUGGGCUGACACUUGGUUGGCAGGUGUGGAGAGGAAUGUGGGGGCUGGAGCUGCUGGAGCUACUGCAGGUGGAGCUGCCCUGCUCCCAGCCAGCCGGGCCCGCCAGGAAUCGAAGCACUUUGGAUGAGGGAAUGGGAAGGCUUCAGCCAAGGCAAGAGCAGCAGGACAGGCCGUGGUGCUGGCUGGGAAGGUCCAGGACCUCAUUCCAUGUUGGAAAGGCAAGAGGGGGCUCUUGGCCAGCACCCAUUGCUUGCCCAGCACAGCCAGCCUGCAGCCGUGCUGGCCACAGGGUGGAGUGUUGGGGGGAGUCUGGCUGCCCCCCACGAGCUGAUGCCCCCCACGAGCUGGGGGGGGGUAGAGCCUCAAUUUCUGAUCCGGUAAACUCGGGUCACAUUCUGAUUUCUUUGAUUGUAACAAAAAAAAAACAAAGAAGAACCAACAGAACCAAAACAAAGAAGAACCAAGAGAACCAAACCAAAAGCCACCAACCCUCUGCCGCCGAGUAGCUGCUCAGAGCUCUGUACCUGGCUGGUAAAAAUGAUGACCGAA